AUGCUUGCCACACGGCCAUGGGGAGGUUUUGGGGGGGGAGGGGCUGACAUCGCUCAAGUGUUCGAGCGAAAUCAGGAGGCAACUCUCUAUGUAGGAAACAUCGACUCUCAGGUCGAUGAGGAUCUUCUGUGGGAGCUGUUCACACAAGCCGGCGUCGUGCGCCUCGUCAACAUCCCCAAAGAUAAAGUUUCCGGCGCUCACCAGGGAUACGCCUUUGUGGAGUUUGAAUCGGAGACUGACGCAGACUUCGCCCUGAAACUCAUGGGCAUGGUAAAGCUUUAUGGGAAGCCUCUCCGCCUCAGCAAGGCAGCACAUGACAGACGAACGUUUGAUGUUGGAGCGAACCUUUUCGUGGGGAAUCUGGAUCCUGAUCUCGACGAGAAGGUUCUGUUUGACACGUUCUCCUCUUUCGGGAAUGUCGUCUCUGCCAAGGUGAUGCGAGACGCUGAAACUGGUGUGUCGAAAGGCUUUGCAUUCGUUUCCAUGGAAACUUUCGAGGCCUCCGAUGCAGCCCUUGCUUCGAUGAACGGGCAGUUCCUCUGCAACAGACCCGUCCACGUCUCCUACGCGUAUAAGAAAGACACCCGAGGGGAACGCCACGGAUCUGCAGCAGAGCGCCUGCUAGCUGCAAAUAGGCCAGCGAUUGAACGACCAGGGAGCAGCGGCAGCGUCACGAAAGAGGGCCCUGUGCCUUUGCAGCAACAAACAGGAACGCCACAGUUCGGCAUGAUGCAGAACGUGGGUCCGGGGGGCCCCCUCCCACCGUUGCCACUGCCGAUCAUGGGGACUGGGGCCCCCGGGUCGUUGCCUCCACCUCCUCUUUUCUUCAUGCCGCGUCCAGGCAUGCCGUUUCCGCCCCUGCCGCUACCCCCGACAAUGGCGGGGGCCUCUAGACCAACGCAGGGAGGAGGCCUCUUGGGCGCUCCAGGAGAAGCAAGGGGCCCUGCCUCCGUGUCAGUGGGAAUGGGGGGACCGACAGCACCGGUACAAGUGCCAGGCAGUGUUGGCAUGAUGCCUGGUGGGGCCCCCAUGACCCCUUCUCGACCUCCUGCUAUGGGGGCCCCUGGAGGCCCACCCUCAACAAGGCCUCUUCACUACAACAUGCAGUCGCCGGGGAUAGCCGCCCCCAUGCGCCCUGUGGGGCCAGGCGGAGGGCCCCACAUGGGAGGCCCUCAGAUGGGGGGAGGCCCGCAGAUGGGGGGAGGCCCUCAAAUGGGAGGUCUUCAAAUGGGGGGCCCUCAGAUGGGCGGCGGACAAAUGGGAGGCCCUCAAAUGGGAGGUCUUCAAAUGGGGGGCCCUCAAAUGGGGGGCGCUCAAAUGGGCAUGAAUCAAGGGCCUCGGCCUAUGGGAAUGCCACCCAUGCCCGGGAGUGUUCCUCCGCGACCCCCCCAGAGUUUCCAGCCGCCUCCCAACGUCCUGAGGCCUCCGCCCACAGUGCUGCCUCCCCCCACGGCUCCUGCUCAGCAGCAGUAG